CUGGCCUGCAACCCAUUUUUUUCAUUCCGUUCCACAACAAAAGGUUAUUUUUCAAUUUUGCCCUCCUCCUUACCGAUUAUCCCUCCCCUUCCAUCAAUAUUUGAUUUUCACAUCCUCUAAACAAGGAAUGGAUUAUGAUUUUGAUUAUAUAUAUCGCCCAAGUUUCCAAAGCAGAACUUCACUCCUUGGAAACCUAAUUCGCCCAGUUCGUUGUGAUUUUCGUCAUCAAACACACAAUCAGGUACAUUAAUCAUGGGAGACGAAUUCAUGAAUCCUUUUGGUGAUAUCUUUGCCUACAACACAGGAGACACAUCUUCCAAUACGAACCCCAAAACUGCUACCAAGGCGAUAUCCGACUCGCUGAGUGUCGACAAUGCGUGCGGCACGUACAACAAUCCUCCAAAACUAAUGGCGAUCGAAGAUUAUAAUCGCUAGGAAAAGCGAUUCGACGGGUGGUUAAGAGUGUUUGGCUAUGAUAGCUGGAAAUGUAUGAAACAUGGUUACAAGGCUUCGAGGGAAGACUAUGAGAACUUAGUAGAUAAUGAGCAGGAUGAGUUUAUAGCCGAACAAUAAUGCAUUGCAUUGCUACAUCAGUCCGUUAGAGAAGAUAUUAUAUCAUUGAUCGACUAUGAUAACUCGAAGGAUUUGUGGUUAAAACUUGAAAAGAAAUGUACGGGUGGUGAAGAAAUAGUGAAAAAUAAGAAAUCUUUGUUAAAAAAGGAAUUUGAUUUGUUUACAUGUAUGAAGAAUGAGAACGUGCGCUAAAUGAUUGAAAGAUUCCGUCAUCUAAAGGCAGAAUUAGGUAGAUAUGGAAUCAAGAAAGACGAGGAUGAGAUGGUUGACAAAAUGUUCAAGGCACUAACGAACGAGCAGGACUGGCAGUACUUUGGUCUAGUUCUCAAAAACACAAAGCCAAUGGCAGAGAUGACGUUAAACUGGUUGAUCGAACGACUUGAGGGGAAUGAGCUAGAAAUAAAGAAGGUGAAAAAGGUUAACAACACACAGUAUCAGCAAAACGUUGAUCUGUAUUACCGAGGCAGUAUGAUUCCCAAAGUUACAUCACCAAAAACUGCCUUUAGUGCAGAAAGCUCAAAUGCUGUGACACAAGAGAAGCCCAACAACGGUUCUUCAUCAGGCAGUCAUGGUUAUCACGGUACUGGUUCUAGUGCACCGUCUUCAUCCGCAUCGAACAAUCAGCAAUCACAAAGUGCUUCAAAGUCGAAUGUGUUCCAGUGCAACAUUGCCGUCAAUCUGAACAAUGCACAAAAUUUCAAUGAAGAAACGGCAAAGCAGCAGAUGGUAUUCCUAGCAUCGAUUCUGGAAUCGUACGAGAGCUUUGUUGCCAGAAAGAUUGGGAACACCAAUCUUACCAAUGAAGACUACGAUCAAAUAGAUCCAGAAGAAAUGGAGCUUAUUGACAUUCGCUGGUGUAUGGCGAGCAUGAUUCACAUAGCUCAAAGAUUUAUGGAAAUUACCGGGCGAAAUUCUAUUGGAGGUCCUUCGACGAAGUUAGGCUUCGACAAAUCGAAAGUGACUUGCUUUAAAUGCAAGCAAAAGGGACAUUUUAAAAGAGAAUGUCGAAACUCUGCUGCUGACGAGACUGCAAAUCCGUUUAACGACAAUUAUUAAAGAAAGGCGGUCUAUCAUCGAAAUCGUGAGGAGCCACCAAAGAUGAAGCAGAUUGAAGAAACUCCAAAAGAAGAAUCAAGAGCUUUGGCGGUGAUCCAAGAUGAUGAGGGAUUUGACUGGAGUGAAUUCUUUCCUGAAGAGGAUGCUGUCGGUUAUACAUUUAUGGCACAUAUUGAACCACCAACACCACCUUCAACAUAC